AUGCCUUACGGUAUAUCAAAACCAGUUCAAAGUGAUCGAAAAGAACAAUUACCACCUGGUGCUAAUUACACAGGUGCACCAAAGAACCAAGGUCUCAGUCAACCUGAACCUCCACAUUAUGACCAAAUUGCUGAACCAGAAUAUAAGAGUCAAAAUAUCAAAGGAGCCCCUAAUCGUCAAAGGUUUGAGCAAUCGGAUCAAUCAUGCUCUAGCGAGAAGCACAACGACUCUCAACAAAAAAUUGAUGAUAAACAGCAAAAUCAUGGUAUCCUUUAUACAGUACUAUGUUGUGGAUUAUGGUCUCCCUUAUGCUUUGAAGGGUGCUGCAGUGGGAACUUAAUGUGUGCUGGUAUUAACGGCUCUUUUAAUACUCUUUAG